AUGGUAGAGAGUGUAGAGAUGCAUGGCUCCCUCGAACCUACAGAAGAAACGUUCGACAUAAAAGAAGAACGAGGGGCUGGAGGAGGGCAAGCGAAAACCUUCAUCAAAACUCUAGAUUUGAAACACGAAGAAAGUCUCGUCAUCUCUCUUUCGUUUUUCAAUCAACAAGGUAAAGCAAAUGCGUAUUUCAGCUUGAAAGUUAAAGAGAGAGGAAUGAUACCCAAGACUACCCAAAGGGCAAAAGCAAAGCAUCCAAAAAAAGCAACCAACAGAACCAGAACUACAAAAAGUUCCAAAUAUCUUACAGAACUGACAUGUUCUUGUAAUAAACCAAAACCUCACCAUCCUCAAAAAAUACCUGAAAACAAUUUACCCUCUCUUGAUCGGUUACUGCCCACCAACCCAAUGGGACUCUGUUACUCUCGGUCUCGUUCUCAUGAUAUCCCUAUUUCCUCUUCUUCGGACGAGGACUACUACCAACCAGCACCACCUAAAAGACCAACCCAAGCACGUUAUAAUCCACCCCCGCCGCCGCCGCCGCCACCGCCAGCAGCAGUAUCAGCAGCCACCUCAAAACCAGCUCUGACUUCGAAAACAUUUGUGAAAUCUCGAACUACCGUUACUUCAUCCUCAAAUAUUGGUCCCAUUCUUGGUAAACCAUACAUUGACAUAACCACAAUUUACGAUCUUGAUAAAGAAUUGGGGAGGGGCCAGUUUGGUAUAACUUAUCUUUGUACAGAGAAAGCUACAGGAAGAAACUAUGCGUGCAAGUCUAUAUCAAGCCGUAAACUUGUGAGUGCAAAGGAUAUUGAGGAUGUUAGAAGGGAGAUUCUUAUACUAGAGCACUUAACAGGGCAACCCAAUAUUGUUGAAUUCAGGGGUGCUUAUGAGGAUAAACAGAAUCUUCAUUUGGUCAUGGAGUUAUGCUAUGGUGGGGAGCUUUUUGAUCGGAUUAUAGCGAAAGGGACUUACUCGGAGAAGGAAGCUGCGACAAUUAUUCGGCAGAUUGUGAAUGUGGUUCAUGUGUGUCAUUUUAUGGGAGUUUUUCAUAGAGAUUUGAAGCCUGAGAAUUUCUUGUUUGCAAGCAAAGAGGAGAACGCUCCAAUCAAAGCUACUGAUUUUGGACUCUCUGUCUUCAUUGAAGAAGGAAAAGUGUACAAGGACAUUGUCGGAACUCCAGACUAUUCUGCUCCGGAGCUGUUAAGACGGAGUUAUGGAAAAGAGGUUGAUGUAUGGAGUGCUGGGAUCAUUUUGUACAUUCUUCUAAGUGGGAUAUCUGCUUUCUGGGCUGAGACUGAGAAAGGCAUAUUUGACGCAAUAUUAGAAGGCAAUCUUGACUUGCACAGCGACCCAUGGCCUAAUAUUUCAUCUUCUGCAAAAGACCUUAUCAAGAAAAUGAUAAGAAACGACCCCAAGAGACGGAUUACUGCUGCACAAGCACUUGAACAUCCAUGGAUGAAGGUGGAUGGUGGAGCAUCUGGCAAACCUGUUGACAGUGCCGUUCUGAUUCGGAUGAAGCAGUUCAGAGCAAUGAACAAGUUAAAGAAGCUUGCACUAAAGGUUAUUGCAGAGAACCUUUCAGAGGAAGAAAUCAAGGGCUCAAAGCAGAUGUUCAGCAACAUGGACACCGACAGAAGUGGAUCUAAGCUUACUGAAGUAGAAAUAAAGCAGCUGAUGGAUGCUAAUGGUACUCUCGACUAUGUCGAAUUCAUUACGGCUACCAUGCAUCGGCAUAGACUUGACAAGGAAGAAAACUUGUACAAGGCCUUCCAAUACUUUGACAAGGCUAACCGCGGGUUUAUCACUAGAGAGGAGCUAAGACAAGCCAUGGCUCAAUAUGGGAUGGGUGAUGACGCUGCAAUAGAUGAAGUCAUAGAAGAUGUUGAUACUGAUAAAGAUGGAAACAUCCACUAUGAGGACUUUGCAGCCAUGAUGAGAAAGGGAACCCACGAUUAUGAAACAUUAGACACAUUGAAUGCCAGUGUGGGUAUAACUGCAAAAACUGCCAUUAAAACAGCACGACUCUGUAAGUUGGGAUUUCACUUGCCAAUGGCCCCAACUCAAGAAUGGGAAAGACAUUCCAAAGUGUUGAACCCAACGCUCGGCACCAUCUAA